AUGCGGGCGCAGGUCUACACCAAUGCUAACGACAAGAGCGACCCUAAUACUGCCUUACAACUCCAGGACUACGAGAUCAUCAUUACCGACUACGAGACGCGCGAACAUAGCGAACCAGCUGCGAGCACCUCGUUCCAAAAUCGAAACCGUUCCCCUAAGCCUCUUAGAACGAUGAAGCGACAGCGCGCUGAGCUACAAACUGGAGCAGCCAUGGAAGACCGUAUUGAGGACCUAGAGUUUACGUUGAAAAACGUCCGGGCGUACGCAGAGGCAAUCAACGAGAACCAGCAAGUUCUCAACGACAACAUGGGACUUGUAGAGGAGGAAGCGGGCAAGAACUUCAAUUUCCACGACGGUCUGCAGAAGGCUCAUCAAACCCUGGAAGAACGAGUGGAGGAGUUGGAGGGUCGACUAGUUAUCAUGGAAGCUGAGCGUCGACGGACACAGCUAUCAGCACCUCCAGGCGACAAUGCUCCUCCAGUUCCUGGGGAACAGCUGCUGCAAGUGAACGAGACAAGUGAUCUCGACGCAGAUUUCUACUGCACCACAUAUUCAUUGUUGCAUGUUGAUGAUGCUUAUCUAGAUUCAAUGCUGGUGAAGUGCAAAGAAGAUUUACGCUAA